AUGAACUGCGAGAAAUCCGGGCUGAAAACUCUUCCACCCCCAUUCCGUUUACAUUUGGAAACACUGCAUGUCGCCAAUCAGACAUUCGAUUCAACCCGACUCGGUCCCAAUGAGUUGGCUGUCUACACCAGUCCGGAAUACGGAGGACAAGUGAUUCUGAAAAAAUUGUUCAUCCGGUUUUGUAAUAUCAAAUCGAUUGAGCCUAAAGCGUUUCGCGCACUCGGGUCCACAUUGGAAAUGGUUGAUCUGACAGGAAAUCCGCUGAUUCAUGUAGGCGCCUACGCGUUUGCCGGUUUGGGUCCGUUGACGGUGGUUUUGGACAAUAUAGAACAACCGGAAUUCGACAAUGACGCAUUUGAGGACUGUCGAAUGAAAAGUCUGAUGAUGCAAUACUCUAAUCUGACCACUUUGCCUGUUCAAUCCCUUCUUUCACUAGCUAUGAAAGGAAGGCUGGAAAAAUUGCUUCUAAAAGGCAAUCGAUUUCGCUAUUUAGAUAGGCAGUAUGAACGUUUAUUCAACGAACUUUCCUAUUUUGAGGUGGAUGAAAAUCCAUGGCACUGUGAUUGUCAGUUGACGUGGCUUAUUCGACGCUACCGGCAAAUGCUUGAAAGUCGCGCUCGAGGCACACGACAUCGAAGUCCGAGUGUGGAUACCGGACCGGAAAUCAAACAGCCCCGAUGUGUUUCUCCCCCUUCGUUGGUUGGAAGAAAGUUCACAGAUCUAAUUACUGAUCUCAGUGAAGUGUAUUCCACAACACAUGUAAUCAAUCAACCAGGGAGGCACCCACCUCCAACUAUCCUGCAUUGUCCACCGCCACAAAUUGAACGUCUGGACAUUAAUUUAGAACAGUUUUUCACCGGAGAUCGACUAGAAUCCACAACAAAUUCUGGACACGAUCAAAAACAUUUGAAACCAGCUGCUCAUUUACGCUGUGCGGUUCGGGGUUCUCCACAGCUGUCUGUUAUAUGGCGUUAUCAUCAUCCCGGUAUGGGACCCACAAAUUUGCUCAAUACUAAUGUCACACAGCGUGCCGGACACGGUCGGAUGAACGGGUUAUCUGGAGCUGGUAGUUUUGAACCGUGGUUAGAUGACCGACGAGAAACUGAGACUGCAUUACGCGUGGAAAAAACGGGUGAGCUAGAUAUUUAUUCGUGUCUUGGUCAGGACGUUAUCGGGAAUGUGUCUGCCUUAGUGAGAAUCCAGUGGCCUCCCAAUCAAAUCCCUAUAAUUCCCCCGACCACAACUGCAUCCCCUGGAUCAACUGGUCGCAAAGGGGAAACAAAAGAUCGGUUGACAAAUCACACUCGUGAUGGUUCCAUCUCACCCGACUGGGCGACAAAAGUAAUUAUGUCUUCUCAGUCAGCUCUUCAUACUCCACAAUUCAGUUUGAGUCAAUUACUCGGCGCUAUCGCGGGGACGUUUUUAUCAACAGUUUUACUUUUUUUCAUUGUACACUGGACAUUACACUGUCGUAUGGCUGAUCGAGCUCGACAUAAAGAAUUCUCUGGCGAGAAGCAGCAAACAAAUCUGAUAGGUGUAUCACCGGCUGGCACCUCAUCGUCUCAAACUUCCUCUUCCAAUGCGAAACUUGUUCCGGCAGUCAAAAUGAGUGACUCGUCUGUGCACCCUUCUUCAGCUGCGGUUCCCAUGCAAAUCAAUCAGGAAGCACUUUCUCUGACCGCGAAUUUGUUCAACGCACAUGCAUAUCAUCAACUGAUCAACGGAGGUUUGCAAAACAUGGGUCACCACACAUUACCUAUGAACAUGGGUCAUGGAGGUGCCAUACCGAUCCCGACCGAUCAAUCUAAAUCGCAAUCUUCUCAUCAAGAUGAUUGUAAUACAUCUCAAUCCGCGGCCUAUGAACCCGUCGCUUAUUCCGAAGCCAAACCAAUGACCUACGACAUACCCUGGUUGAUCAAUAUGCAAAAUUCUCAACCGAAGGGCCCCAAUGAACAUCACCUUCCUCUACUCUUAAGUGGAAUGCUGACUGAUGUGAAUCGAUACGCGGAAACACCGGUUUCAUCUCACCCCGGGCUCAUUCAGUCCGCAUUGAUGAUACCACCACCACCGCCUAUACCCCAACCAUCGUUACCACCAUCAGCUCAAUCCUCGUUGACAUUGACCAAUGGUAUCAGUUCACGAAAUCCGUCCAUGACACAGAAAGAUAGCAAUUUAUUUGCUCUGCAGGCCUCUGGAUACCCAUAUCCCGGUUUCGUAUCCAACCCGGGUCUUUUCGAUUCCUCUCCGUCGUCCACAUAA